GGAUUUUCUCUGACGGACCUGCUGCUCGACCGCGCGCGACACCGACCGCAUCAAAUGGGGAAGAAGCGAACCCAUGCCGAGACCAAGGAUGGCUUCACCAAGCCCGAGCCGGACACGGGCCGGCUGAGCGCAAAGAACGAGCAGAAGAAGGCGCCCUCGCACUCGCAGCUGCUCAUCAAGCCGCAGCCCGAAUGGCAUGCCAUCGAGCUGCCGCCGCUGCCCACGGUCGACAAUCCCACCAUCCCGCCGCGUUACAUCAUCGAUGCGAUCCACGACUACGCCGUCCAGUUGCUCGACGCCGAGGCCCGCGACUAUGCUGCGUCGCACCUGGCCAAGGACUCGUCGCACAAGUUCAUGGCGACCGUCAUGGAAUCGGGAACCAUGGAGGACAAGGUGUCGGCGCUGACGCUCGUCGUCCAGGAGUCGCCGCUGCACACGCAAAAGGCCUUUGGCCAGCUCCUCGGCCUGUCGCAGAAGAAGAGCAGGAACGCCGCCAUGCAGGCUUUGGCUGCGCUCAAGGACUUGCUGGGCCAGGGCGUUCUCCUUCCACCGGAUCGAAAGCUCAAGGCCUUUGCGCGCCAGCCAGCCCUCAUUUCGGCGCUGCAGGGAAAGAACGCACACUGGAAGGCGGGCGAAAAGCUACCAGGCAAUCUGCAAAAGACGCACUUGGUCGUGUGGGCAUACGAGGACUGGCUGAAGAAGCAGUACUUUGAGCUGCUGAAGAUCUUGGAGGCGUGGUCCAACGACGAGGUUGAGUUCUCGCGCAACCGUGCCGUCACAUAUGUCUGGGAGCUGCUCAAGGAAAAGCCGGAGCAGGAGGAAAAUCUGCUGCGCCUGCUCAUCAAUAAGCUUGGAGACAAGGAAAAGAAGGUUGCAUCCAGGGCUUCGUAUCUGCUGCUCCAGCUGCAGAACACUCACCCCCUCAUGAAGAACGUCAUCAUCAGCUCCAUCGAAUCUGAUCUUCUCUUCCGGCCCAACCAGAGCGGAGUCGCCAAGUACUACGCCGUCAUUACGCUCAACCAGACGGUCCUCAGUCUGAAGGAGCCCGAGGUUGCCAACAAGCUGCUGGAAAUCUACUUUAGCCUCUUCUUGGGCCUGCUGAAGAAGCAGAAGGAACACGAAAAGGAAGAGAAGCGGCUGAACAAGCACGGGCUCAUCCAGGGCGGCGGCGGGAAGCCCGGCAAGAUGGCCAAGCAAAAGGCUCAAAAGGCGGCUACCAUGGCCUUCAAGGCCGAGGACGAGUCGCGAGAGAAGCUCAUUGCCGCCAUCCUGACGGGUGUCAACCGCGCCUUUCCCUUUGCCAAGACGGACGACGCCAAAUUUGAGGAGCAGCUGAACUUGAUCUUUGAAGUGACGCACUCGUCCAACUUCAACACUAGUAUCCAGGCCAUGACGCUCAUCCAGCAGAUUUCAGCCACCAAGCACUAUUCCGCUGAUCGCUUCUACCGCACUCUCUACGAGUCUCUUCUGGACCCACGCCUCAUGACAACAUCCAAGCACAUCAUGUACUUGAACUUGCUGUACAGGUCGCUCAAGGCCGAUACCAGCAUCAAGCGUGUAAAGGCUUUUGUGAAGCGUCUCCUCCAGACCAUCCACAUGCACGAGCCUCCCUUCAUUUGCGGUGUUUUGUACCUGGUGAAUGAGAUGAUCAACACGUUCCCGACGAUCAAGUCUAUGCUGUCGACGGCAGAGGAUCAUGCUGACGACAGCGGCGAUGAGCACUACGAGGACGUGGAUGAGGACAAGGAGCCAUCGACCAAACAGGACAACAACAAGUCUUCCGCACCUACCUAUGAUGCCCGCAAACGAGACCCCGAACACGCAAAAGCCGACCUAUCUUGUUUGUGGGAGUUGCUGCCGUUGCAGGCACACUACCACCCCUCUGUUCACGUACUUGCCUCCAAGAUUGUCAACCAGGAGCCCAUCAAGGAGAAGCCUGACCCAACUCUGUAUACUCUGAUGAACUUCCUUGACAAGUUUUCCUUCAAGAAUGCAAAGACGAAGGCUACCGGAGUUCAUGGCUCAUCGAUUAUGCAGCCCAUGGCUGGCACCUCCAAGUCUGCGUCGUACCUCAUUACCACGCGCGACGGCGAUCGGGGCCACGACCCACUCAACUCUGAGCAGUUCUGGCGUCGCAAGGUCGACGACGUGCGUGACGAUGAAGUCUUCUUCCACACGUACUUUGAGAAAGCAGGCAAAGCCAAGCAGGCGGACAAGAAGACCAAGAAGAAGGAUCGCAAGAGGGAUGACAGUGAGGAUAGCGCUGACGAUGAAGAGAUUUGGAAGGCACUUGUCAAGAGCCGUCCAGAAGUUGAAGGCGACGGUGGCGACGACGACGAUCUCAGUGACUUUGACAUGGACGACAUGAUGAGUGACGACGAGGCGGGUGGCAUGGAUGGAGGAGUUGAGCUGAAUCUCGGCAGCGAUGACGAGGAUGUUGGGGGUCAGCACUCGGGCGACGACGACGAGGAUGACUUUGAAAACUUUGACCUUGACGACGAGGACGCCUUCAUGGACAGCGACGCCGACGUUCCCGUCGACAUUGAGUUGGAUGACGCGGCAGACGAAGUGGAUGGCGAGAAGAAGGACAAGGACGGGCGCAAGAGCAAGAAGAGGAAGCUCAAGAACCUGCCGACUUUUGCCUCUGCAGACGACUACGCCAAGCUUCUCGCAGACGAUAGCGAGUAGUCUGAAAGGUGUAGUAGUCGUUGGUCUU